AUGCAAAAACAAGCCUUGUACUGCAAAGAAAAAUCCUCUUUCGUAUUAGAAGAAAAUGUUUAUGGUGUAUUAUACGCACUUAUCGAGGAGGCGGAUAUUUCGGAGGCUUUCUUCACGUGUCUGUAUUUUUCUGCUUCAUGUCAAACCACCACCCCUUUCCCUGCUCCACCCCAGACUGGCUGGGCGUCUCACAUGAAUGUGCGGUCAAUCGAUCUGGGGCCAAUCCCGAGCACUAACGUCACUGACGCCCACGCAAUUCCGAUCAGAGCACUUGUUGAAUAUCAUAAAAUAAGGAGAGAAAAAAAUAAAAUGUCCAGGAAAAGUGAAGAAGGUUUGGCUUUCUUUCAUUGGUUCUCUUUCUCGAAUUAUUUUCCGAUAUUAAAUUCAUUCUGUGAUUAUUUUUACUUAUCUUGUCGUCGUCCUUUUUCUCUUCUUUCCUUCCGGAUUUAUUCUUUUACUUUCUUUCAUUCCUUCCAAUUGCCUCUCUUUCUCCUCCUUUCUUUCGUUAUUCUAUCUUCAGUCUUGUUCCUCUUUCUUUCUAUCUCUUUCCCUCAUUCUUUCUCCUUCCUUCCAUCCAUCCUUUUCAUUCACUUUUCUAUCUUUAAUGCUUCAGUCAUCAUUUUUCCUUUCUUUUCUGUUUCUUUCCCUAGUCAUUUCUCCCGUAUUUAUCACUCCUUCCUUCCAUCCAUCCUUCAUUCAUUCAUUCACUUUUCUAUCUUUAAUGCUUCAGUCAUUUUCUUCUUUCUUUUUGUUUCUUUCCCUAGUCAUUUCUCCCGUAUUUAUCACUCCUUCCUUCCAUCCAUCCUUCAUUCAUUCAUUCACUUUUCUAUCUUUAAUGCUUUUUUCUCCUUUCUUUCUGUUUUUUCCCUAUCAUUUUCUUUUUCUUUCUGUUUCUUUCCUAGUCAUUUUCUCGUAUUUUCACUCCUUCCUUUUCCAUCCUUCAUUCAUUCAUUCACUUUUCUAUCUUUAAUGCUUUCUGUUUUUUCUUCUUUCUUUUUGUUUCUUUCCCUAGUCAUUUCUCCCGUAUUUAUCACUCCUUCCUUCCAUCCAUCCUUCAUUCAUUCAUUCACUUUUCUAUCUUUAAUGCUUCAGUCAUUUUCUCCUUUCUUUCUGUUUCUUUCCCUAGUCAUUUCUCCCGUAUUUAUCACUCCUUCCUUCCAUCCAUCCUUCAUUCAUUCAUUCACUUUUCUAUCUUUAAUGCUUCAGUCAUUUUCUUCUUUCUUUUUGUUUCUUUUCCUAGUCAUUUCUUUUUAUUUUCCUUCCUUCAUCCAUCCUUCAUUCAUUCAUUCACUUUUUAUCUUUAAUGCUUCAGUCAUUUUCUCCUUUCUUUCUGUUUCUUUCCCUAGUCAUUUUCUCCGUAUUUAUUUCCUUCCAUCAUCCUUCAUUCAUUCAUUUUUUUCUAUCUUUUCAUUCAUUUUCUUUUUCUUUUUUUCUUUCCCUAGUCAUUUUCCCUCAUUUUCUUCUUUCUUUUUGUUUCUUUCCCUAGUCAUUUCUUAUUUAUUUUCCUUCCUUCCAUCCAUCCUUCAUUCAUUCAUUCACUUUUCUAUCUUUAAUGCUUUCAUUUUUUCCUUUUCUUUCUGUUUCUUUCCUAGUCAUUUUCUCCUUAUUUAUUCUUCCUUCCAUCCAUCCUUCAUUCAUUCAUUCUUUUCUAUCUUUUUUCUAUCAUUUUCUCCUUUCUUUCUGUUUUUUCCAGUCAUUUCUCCCGUAUUUAUCCUCCUUCCUUCCAUCCAUGUUUUUCAUUCAUUCAUUCACUUUUCUAUCUUUAAUGCUUCAUCAUUUCUCCCGUAUUUAUUUUCCUUCCUUCCAUCCAUCCUUCAUUCAUUCAUUCACUUUUCUAUCUUUAAUGCUUCAGUCAUUUUUUUCUUUUUUUUGUUUCUUUCCCUAGUCAUUUCUCCGUAUUUUUCCUUCCUUUCCAUCCAUUUCAUUCAUUCAUUCACUUUUCUAUCUUUAAUGCUUCAUCAUUUCUCCCGUAUUUAUCCUCCUUCUUCCAUCCAUCCUUCAUUCAUUCAUUCAUUCAUUUUUCUUCAGUCAUUUUCUUCUUUUCUUCUUUUCCCUAGUCAUUUCUCCCUCCUUUCUCCCGUAUUUAAAUCCUUCCUUCCAUCCAUCUUCAUUCAUUCAUUCACUUUUCUAUCUUUAAUACUUUUUUCCUUUCUUUCUUUUCUUUCCUUCAUUUUCUUCUUUCUUUUCUUUUUUUUCCUAGUCAUUUCUUCGUAUUUAUUCCUUCCUUCCAUCCAUCCUUCAUUCAUUCAUUCUUUUCUAUCUUUAAUGCUUCAGUCAUUUUCUUUUUCUUUUUGUUUCUUUCCAAGUAUUUUCUUUAUUUAUAUUUCCUUUCCUUCCAUCCAUCCUUCAUUCAUUCUUUUUCUAUCUUUUAAUGCUUCAGUCAUUUUCUUCUUUCUUUUGUUUCUUUCCUUAGUCAUUUUCUUAUUUUUCAAUCCCUUCCUUUCAUCCAUCCUUCAUUCAUUCAUUCACUUUUCUAUCUUUAAUGCUCCCAGUCAUUUUUCCUUUCUUUCUGUUUCUUUCCCUAGUCAUUUCAUUUAUCAUUGCGUCCGAUUAACUUUUAUUUCCUUGUUUCAUUCAUUCAUUCAUUCAUUCAUUUACUUUUCUAUCUUUAGUCCUUCAACCUUCUUCUUUCUUUCUAUCAUUUUCACUUCCUUCAUUUUUUUUCUUCUUUAUCUCUUUUCAUCGUCCUUUCUUCUGUAUUUAUCACUCCACCCUUCUGUUUCCUUCCUUCCUUCCUUCCUUCAACCAUUCAUUCAUUUCUUCACUUUUCUAUAUAAAGUCUUCCAAUCUUUUUCUUCUUUCUUUAUAUUUCUUUCUCUCGUUUUUUUCUCGUCUUUUCUACCUUCUUCAAUCUUUUUUCUUCUUUCUCUUUCUCCCCCUCUCUAUUUCUUUCUUCUCGUCCUUUCUCACAUAUUUAACGCUGUUUUCCUUUCUUUUUCAUUCUUCCCUUCCUUCCUACCUCCCUUUCUUCCCUACUUCAUUCAUUCAUUCACUUUUCUAUCUUUAAUCCUUCAGUCUUUUCUUCUCUCUAUCUAUCUCCUCCCAUCGUCUUUUCUACCGUAUUUAUCACUCGCCCUUCCUAACUUUUCUUUUCUUCUUUCUUUCCUUCAUUCCCUCAUUUUUCUAUCUUUAGUCCGUCAGUUUUUUCUUUCUAUCUAUCUCUUUCUCUCGUCCUUUCUUCCGUAUUUAUCACUACGUCCUUCCUUUUCCUUCCUUCCUACUUUCUCCUUCAGUCUUUUUUCUUCUUUAUCUUUUUCAUCGCUCUUUCUUUCGCAUUUAUCACUCUGUCGUUCCUUUUUUCCUUCUUUCUUUCCUUCUUUUAUUCCUCGCUUCUUUCAACCAUUCAUUGAUUUAUUCUCUUUUCUCUCUUUAGUCAUCCAGGCUUUUUUUUUCUUGUAUUCUUUCUUUCUUUCCUUUCUUCCUUCCUUUCUCCUCUUGUCUACAGUAUUUAUCACUCAGUUUUUUUUCUUUUAUUUCUUUCAUUCUUUCUUUCUUUCUUUCAUUCUUCCUUACUUUCUUCCUUCCUUCCUUCUUUCCUUCCUUCAUUCACUUUCUUUUCUAUCUUUAGGCCCUCAGUCUUUUUCUUCUUUCUUUCUAUAUCUUUCUGUCGUUUUUUCUUGUCCGUUCUACCUUAUUUAUCACUCAGUUUGUCUUUCUAUCUUUCAUUCUUUCUUCUUCUUCUUUUUCUUUCUUUCUUUGUUUCCUUCUUUCCUUCCUUCCUUAAUUCAUUCAUUCAUUUACUUUUCUUUAGUCCUUUUAGUCUUUUUCUUCUUUCUCUAUCUGUCUGUCUGUCUGUUUCUCUCCCUCUCUCUCUCUCUCUCUCUUUCCAUCGUCCUUUCUCCCGUAUUCAUCACUCCGUCCUUCUUAAUUUCCUUCCUUUUUAUCUUUUUCCUCUUCCCUUGGUUUCCGUCUUUUUACUCUUUUUCUUCUUUUUUCUCUUUUCUCCUCCUUCCUUCACGCUUUCUUCUUCCAUCCCUACUUUUUUCAAUUAUUAUGGAUUUUCCUUUUUUUCUUUCCUACCAAUUUUUUUUUUAUCUUCCUUCCUUUCUUCCUUCCUUCCUUCCUACCUACGUUUAUUUAUUUAUUUAUUUUUCUUGUUUUACUUUUAUACUCUUCUUUCUCCCUUAUCUUCUUACUGUAUUUUCCUCUUCGUUCGUUCGUUCCUUCCUUCCUUUUGUCUUUUUCUCUUUCCCACGACCAAUGUUCCGUAAUUUUACUACCCACUUCCCUUCUUUCUUUCCUUCUCUUUUUCUUUCUCUCUCUCUCUCUCUUUCUUUCUUUCUCUCUCUCUUUUUCUCUCUCUUUCUUUUUUUCUAUUGUUCUUUCUCCCGUAUUUAUCACUCCGUCCUUCCUUACUUUUCUUUCCUUCCUUCUUUCCCAUCAUUUUUUUUUCGCUCUUCUUACCUUCUGUCAUCUUUCUCCCUUCCUUCGAUAUUUUUCUUCUUAAUUACCUUUCUUUUAUCUUUUUCCUCUUCCCUUGAUUUCUGGCUUCAAAGACCUUCAAUAUCUUAG